AUGCCAAACUAUGUCUGCUCAUUCUGCCAUCACCACAAAAAAAGCACCAAGAGCCUGCACUCGCACAUCUCACAAAAGCGGCCGUGCCGUCUAGCCUUCUACCGGAAGCUGCAAAAGGGCCGCGUACCUGUUAUAGUCAACACACGUGUACCGGAGGGAGAAUUGGAGGUCAGUGGUGAUGCGGAGAAUGGUCAUGGUAGUGAAGAGUCGAUGGAAGUGGAUGAACUGCCAUUCGAUGCAGAAGACCUACCGGUGGAUCCUCCUUUGCAAACACGCACUUCAAUGGAGAUAGAAGAAUUAGUACAACUGGAACAUCCUGCACAGCCGCAUUCACGAUGUGUGACUGUUGAGGAGGUGGAAGAUGAGGAGUAUAGGGGCUUACUGAAAUGUCCCUGGAUCCAAGACUUCCCGCCAGAAUUUGAUGUGGCUGCUGUCCUUUGUGAGGCGAAGACAGAAUUUGAAACCCUGCGCGAUGAGAAGGCAGCUGCAGGGGAAGAAUCCUGGCAUCCGUUUGCCAGUCGGGAUGAGUGGGAACUCGCGCACUGGCUAAUGACUGCGGGACUCAGUCAGACAGCUACCGAUAACUAUCUAAACUUACCCAUAACCCGAGAACGCACGAACCUGUCAUUCCAUAACAAGCGCGCCUUCUAUCAGAAGAUCGAUGCACUUCCACAGGGGCCCUCCUGGUCAUGCGAGCCUUGGGAAGUCACUGGUGAUUUGCUGGAUGAAAAGGGUCAGCCUCGCAAAAAGACCCUAGAACUGUGGAAGCGUGAUCCUGUUGAAUGCAUCAAGGAACUGAUCGGCAAUCCCGCAUUCAAGGAUGCGAUACGAUAUGCACCAGAGAAAGUCUUUGCAGACUGCAAUGGAGACACCAGGAUCUAUGAUGAGACAUGGACAGGCCAGUGGUGGUGGGACCUCCAGGAAAUAAUGCCAGAUGGAGCGACAAUUGCACCUGUGAUUCUGUCAUCCAACAAGACGCAGUUGUCAAACUUCAGUGGUGACAAGUCUGCAUGGCCAGUUUACCUCUCCAUUGGAAACAUCAGGAAGUCGACUCGACGUCAACCCUCGGCACAUGCCACGAUCUUGAUCGGCUAUCUCUCAGUCACAAAGCUUGAAUGCUUCUCAGAAGGGCAAAGAUCAAUUGAGGGUGUGCGUCUAUUCCACUCAUGCAUGAGGUCACUUCUGGACCCUUUGAUCAAGGCAGGCAAGGAUGGCAUUGAGAUGGUCUGUGCCAACGGAUGUGUGCGAAGAGUGUACCCUAUUCUGGCAGCAUACAUUGCGGAUCACCCUGAGCAAUGUCUUGUCUCAGGUUGUCGUGAAAGUCACUGUCCAAAGUGUACUGUCAGUCCAAAUCAGCGAGGAGAACCACUUCACUCUCUUAUGCGCGACCCUGAUGUCAUCGAAACUGUGCUGUCGGAGGCCUCUCAAGGACUCAAACCAGAUGAUUUCAAGGACUUGGGCCUGAAAUUGAUUGAUCCAUUCUGGAGGGAGCUGCCACACUGUAACAUUUUUGCAUGCAUAACCCCCGAUAUUCUCCACCAGUUACACAAGGGUGUCUUCAAAGAUCAUCUUGUCAACUGGGUCACUCAGUGCAUGAAUGGAAAUGCUGCUGAAAUUGAUCAACGCUUUAAAGCUAUGACAACUCACCCAGAUUUGCGUCACUUCAACAAAGGCAUAUCACUGAUCUCACAGUGGAUGGGCGCAGAAUACAAAAAUAUGGAGAAGGUUUUCCUAGGUGUUAUAAUAGGAGCAAGUGACCCAGCUGUUCUUUGUGCAGUGCGCUCCGUCUUGGACUUCAUUUAUUAUGCUCAUUUUGAGGCACAUACUGAUGAUUCCAUUGCCAAACUUGAAGCUGCCUGGAAGGGAUUUCAUGCAAACAAGCAUGUCUUUGUGGAGAAGAGCAUCCGGAAAGAUUUCAACAUACCAAAGGCCCAUUCAGCAAAGCACUAUGGAGGGUCCAUUCGCAGUCUUGGAACAGUGGAUGGAUUCAAUACUGAGAACUCAGAGCGCCUUCACAUUGAUUUCGCCAAGCGUGCAUACAGUGCAACAAACAAGAAGGCUUACCUGAAGCAGAUGACAGCCUGGUUGACAUGA